ACUUCGCGCCGGUUACACUCAUAGUUCACUGCAGUGAGAACGACGACGAGUUCGCACAUACAAAUUUCAGAUGCUAGUUUGUCUUCUGCUUGUGAACAAAGAGCACGUCUCAUCGUAUCGUAAUACGAUAUUUUAGGUUUUUCGUCGUAGAGACAAAUUGUGGAAUCGAUCUCGAAACGCGGUGUCGGAAGCCCAAGACCAGAAGACCCAUCAACACAACAACAGUAGACCUACGCGACGAAGCAGCAGUCAAUAUACACCUGCAGGCUAAACAAUACGUCAGUACCAUGGCGACAACCCCUAAUGGAAUGCCAAUGUACACCUACAGUGAAUUGGAGGGCUUUGCCAAACUGAUUCAGGAUCGAUCUCCCCACAUACCCACUGUGGGAAUCAUCUGUGGCACUGGCCUCGGUGGUCUUGCUGAUGUCCUUGAAGACAAAACCACCAUACCCUACACGGACAUUCCUCAUUUUCCUGUCAGCACAGUCAAGGGUCACCAUGGCCAGUUUGUGUUGGGCAGACUGAAGGGGAAAACAGUCAUGUGUAUGAAAGGGCGUUUCCAUCUCUAUGAAGGCUACCCGAUGUGGAAGAUCACUGCUCCGGUGCGGGUGAUGAACCUACUAGGAGUCAAGACACUGUUCAUCACCAACGCCGCUGGUGGCAUGAACAGGAGUUACAACGUCGGUGACAUCAUGAUCAUGAAAGACCACUUAUUCAUACCAGGACUGGCCGGACUCAACCCCUUAGUUGGGCCCAACAUGCAGCAAUUCGGUGAGAGGUUCAUCAGCACUUCGCAUUUGUAUGACGCCGGACUGCGGAAACUGGCUCGAGAUAUUGGCAAGGAGAUUGGCUGUUCUGACUUCUUGCAAGAGGGAGUGUAUGCGAUGGUCGGCGGGCCAUCCUUUGAGUCGCCAGCUGAACUGAAGCUCCUAAACACAUUCGCUGAUGUUGUUGGUAUGAGUACAUGCCCCGAGGCCAUCGUAGCCAAACACUGCGACAUGCGCGUCUUCGGUCUCUCCCUCGUCACCAACAAGUGUGUGAUGGACUACGACCUGACAGAAGAAGACGGGCCCAACCAUGGAGAGGUUCUAGAGACGGGAAAGCUGAGGGAGGAAAUCUUGCAGGAGCUGGUCACCAAAGUGGUGGAAAGGAUGGAAAACUACUGAAACGACAGAGGGAAGGUUGGUCAUCAAGCGUUAAUCACUCUUUAUUAACCAGCACGUUUCUUUGAAAUGCUGAGAUACUGAGUAAAAAAAGAGUAGCACAAAUACAUUGUAGAUGUACCAUAUUUUGAUCUUAAAGCUGUGGGCUCUAUUUUUGGAUCUCAGGUCUGUCUGUAGUGCUUGUAUUACCUCACCCCCCUAAGAUAAAAUCAUUUUAAUGAGAACUGGAAUUUUCUGCAUAUUAGAUUCAGUAUACAUGUACAUGAUAUACUAUUGAACAAGCCUCCAAAUCUGUGUUUAAAGAUUGGCAAGUACCUUAAGGACAUGCAGAGGACUGACCCACCUCUUGAGAGGCUCUGGAAUGGGGGGAGGGCAAUGGGCCUCUAGAAAGGACAGUAAUGUUUUGUUUGGUUUGGUUUGGUUUGGUUUGGUUUUGUUGGAUUGGGUUGGGGUUUGGGUUUUGGGUUUUGGGUUUUGGUUUUGGGUUUGUUUUGGACAUUACAGUGGAUGAGGGGGACAGGAUCAGACUCUUCCACACCAAAGAUCCGUUCUGCAUUUCUGUGAUUUUUUAUAAAUUUGGCAUCCACGCGAAGGUACGUGUGACAAAUGCUUUGUUGACGUGUUCUGUAUGGGCUUUCAGAGUUUUUUUGGUCGUACGUGGUUGAUUGGUUGUUUCGAGUUUCAAACUUCCGUGUACAUCAGUCAUUGCAUGAGCAUUUGUCUUCAAACUUUUUGAAAGAAUGGCAUGUCCACCGUUUUCGAAACAUUGGAAUAAAGAUGACCGCAAGGCAUCAGUGCAAUAAAAGAACUUCGGACGGUGCUGAUUCUGUUCCCCUUUUCUGAUUCAUUUAAUGCAUUUCAAAUUAUUUCAUUUGUUCGAUUUACCCUUUAGGCAUCGCCUCAUUUCUGUCUUGUCACAUUUUAAGUGAAAAAAACCUGUUUCCAUAUAUAUAUGCUUGUGAAUGUAUUCUUGUAAAUACAUGAGUUCAAUACUGAACAAGUCCAGUCAGAUACUUAUUUGGUGCACGCAUUUUUUUCUGCGUAGGAAAAUUGCUAUCAUAAAGCUUACUUGAUGUGGAAUUCAGCCAGUAGAAAAAUAAGAAGGGAAUUCCAUUCGGUGAACACAGCAAGAAGAGAAAAAUUAAACAAAAAGCAGACUACAAAGGAACAAAAAUGUACACAUGAAUGCAGUGACAUGUAAAACUGAAGUGUUUUCUUGAAAUACAUAGAUUUUCAGGCCCGAGUUUUUGCUAUUCUUUAGGUAAAAGUAAAGCUUAUUUUGUGAAUUCUGGGAAAAUUUGGGUAGCGUAAAUUUGAUAAACAGGUAUCAGUGUCUGUAAAAAGGAUGCAUCUCCAUUGUUAAGUUGCGCUGCUAGUGACCAGUCCAGAUCCAGGGCAGGAACUUCAUUCUUGAAAGAGCAAGGCAAUUUCUCCUUUGCAAAGGGCACUUGUACAUGUAUUAGAAAAUCGACUUGUCUAUUGGGACUUUUUAAUGGGCAUUAACCUGGGGCAUCAAGGCAGUUGCCUCCAAUGCCUCCGCGAAGUUCUUGCCCUGCACUCUUUUUUGGGGGGGUAUGGUUUUCCCUUGCAAAGUUGUUGAUGAUGUUGAGGACGCAUCAUUGCAGGAUGACAAAUACGGUUAAAUGUUGAUACUAAGAAUUAAUUUUAGUAUUUGUAACAAUUUAGCAAAUUGUUGCCGACACCACAAACUGACACUCAGUGGUAACUGAGUGCAGCUGCUCGCAGAAAAUUUACAGAACCUUGACAUUUUGUUUUUCACUGACUGUGUACACAGGCACUCCUUGUGUGCACUCAGUACAUUUGUUAGUUUAUUUUCACGAAGUGAAACUUCUUCACGUCCCAAGUUGAAAGGCUUCUAGCUCACUUCUUUAUCUAUACCCAGCAAACGUAUGGAUGGAGUGAGUUUGUGUCUGGAGAUGCAACUUACAUUUCAGUUGAUGAAAUGGACAAGAGCUCACAAAGUGAAUUUCAGGCAUUUUAAAAACUUUUCUGUUAUGUCUUAAGUUUAUAUACAUUCAUCAUCUUCUCCUUGGUCUUGUUUUAAGUGUACCACUGAAAAAAUCUUCAACAAAGUGGAAACACUGCAGUUUUUCCUCUGGCAGAUUAGCAAUCCCAUGUUUAAACUCUUCUUGUUUCGGUAAUGUGCGUGUACCGAUGUGUACUUUGUUUCUAAAAUACUCAUGUAGUAAUAUUUAUGUUCAUAUGCAGUGUGUUCGAUUACUUCCCCUGCACUUACUCAGCUAAGGACAACUAUAUUUGAUUCGACACUCACAUGACUUUUGCACUUAUUCAGGCCUUGCCCAAGUAACCGACCUGCUGAGCCAGUCACAGUUCUGAUUUUUUUCCCUUAUUGAACAAAUUUCUGGAUUUAAUAAUAACAACAUUAAAUAAUAAAUUUAAUUAACCGUGAAAUUAACCUCAGGCUAAAAUACUCAUGUAGUAAUAUUUAUGUUCAUAUGCAGUGUGUUCGAUUACUUCCCCUGCACUUACUCAGCUAAGGACAACUAUAUUUGAUUCGACACUCACAUGACUUUUGCACUUAUUCAGGCCUUGCCCAAGUAACCGACCUGCUGAGCCAGUCACAGUUCUGAUUUUUUUCCCUUAUUGAACAAAUUUCUGGAUUUAAUAACAACAUUAAAUAAUAAAUUUAAUUAACCGUGAAAUUAACCUCAGGGCGAGUUACAUUGACUUAUCUGGCAAGACAAAGACGCAGUGUACAUGGAAAUUAAUAGUGAGUAAUACAUUACGUUAAACAUGAGUAGUUACCUGUACAUGCAUUAGUAUACCACAUAAGAGCUAUUUCACUCAGGGGAAAGUCUAUUCGAGGGAAGGGGACAAGGCGUAGGGGACCCCCCUCCCACACACCCACACACUGAACCCUCACCAAAGGUCCUGCAAGGCCAGCCGUUUCCCAAAAGUUUAAGGGCCCGGGCCCUGCCGGUAUCCUCACUGGCCUACUGACCUCCGGGUGAUGAGCGGUGGUAAUGAGUGUCUGGUCAAUCACGCACAUCCAUUUCAUGUGACUGCUAGCAAAAUAGCCUAGUUGCAAUCAGUGAGCAGUUCCAGUUUUUUAUUGGGCAUGGUGGGCAUGCAAACGGUGUAAAAUAAUGUGAAUAAAUUUGAAUUUGUUGCCUCAGAUCACAACUCCAACGAGUUAACACCAAACCCCAAUUACAGGGUUCCAUUGAAGCAAAUUACACGCUGGCAAUUAUCACGUUUCCAUCGGUCUGCUGUGAUUAUGGUGAUUCGAAGUUCUGUAUAAUUAUUUUCUUCAUGUACAAAUGAUUUUAUUUAAUUGGAGUGGUGAUUGUAACUGUUUUUCCUGCAAUGAUCUAUAUAUAUGCAUAUACAUGCAUACUGACAGGUAAUGAAAAUGUACCGAUAUUCUUACUGAAUUGGUGCUUUACACAAGUAACCACUGCUACUGUUUCUCACAAUCAGUUCUUGGGAAAGGAAAUAUUAGACAAAGUAUUCUCAUUGUGCAUCUGUGAUUACGGUACAGUGUCUUCUCAAGGUGAUGCUAGUUAGGGCUAGCAUAUAUAACUCCUGUGCUGUUCGGUAAAACCCAAUCGACUAUAACUUGAAGAGUGGUGCAGGUUUUUUCGCUGGCUGUCGUAUGUGUAUAAUAUUGCUUGUAAUUAGUACUGUUUGGUUGUUUAAAGUUUAUUUUUUUUAUUUUUCGCAUAUGUACAUGUGUUCAGCCGGUGUGAAAAAAAGGUUGUUAACGUUUGAUAGCUAAUUUAGAUAGCUGCUGAAGCAGUGGUGCAAACAUUAGGCAGAGAUGAGUACUUGGUUCAUGCCUCUUGCCCCCUCCCCACGAUUGAGAUUUUUUAUUUUGUAUUCCGUGAAGUGCCUCAAGAAAAAUUCCCCAUAAAUGCAACUGUUGAUGACUGGCUGCAUAAUUAUCUUUACAUACUGCACCCUUCCUUCAAGCAUAGACUGAGUUACCGUGCUGGAUUGUUAUGUUCUGCAAUUUGGACAUGCCUAAUAGUAUGCAUGUGACAUCUUCCUUAUAGAUCUACCUUUGUGCCCAUUUUAACCCAGUUUUCAAUUUCCAUUGUUCCAUCUCGAGGGCAUUUUAGUGGCUUGUUGAUUUCUGCAGUGCAGAUUGAUUUUGCCUCUGAGCAAAAGUGUGAAGUUAUUUUAAAUAUCAGGAGGAAACGUCAAAACAGACAGCCCGCAAGCUCAGUUUUCCCAGAGUUACUUUCAAUGAACCAAUACUUGUAUGACAUUGUGAAGAAAAAUAACACUCACUUGAACAAUGGCUACCUGAAUCACAGCGACAGUGGCUGGCUAUUCUUCAGUAAGAACGUGAACCAUUUUCUUUUCUUUCUCAGAAAGGUGCAUGCUCUCUCAGUAAUGGUAACUUGAACAGGAUGAAAGAUACAUUUUAGCUUUACUACUGUUCAUAGUAGAAAGGCGCAUUAUCUUGGGGGAUGUUUCAUAUGUUUUCAUGCACUUAGAAAAAGUAGAACGAUGUACGUAGUAUUCCCAACAACACUUCGUAUCUUGGGCCCUUUAAAUAUUGCUAUAUGAGGCUGCACUUGGGCUGCCAAUUUACAUGUACAUGUAUUUUGUGUAAAAUGUAUAGGUGUAAUGUGCCCCUUACUCAUAUGGUAUGCUCAAAUAUAUAGCCUUUUAUAAACUGAGACAAAACGUAAAUGCUAUGGUGUAUUGGAUCAGCAUUCUUUGUGUAAUAUUUUCUAUUCUCCCGGAUGGCAUGCGUUCUAUUCAUAAUUUGUUUUCUUGCCUGUUAUCAAGACUACGCUUUUCCACAAAUAAACAUUGUGAAAAACACUCACGUACCAACUAAUUACUAGGUAUAAAUGUACCCGGUAUGAGUUGCCUGUAAUCAGGAUUGGAUUGAAUGCAACCCGAAAUUGUAAUAUAUUACUAGCAAAUUUUAUUGCAGCGAUAUAAAAUGGCAUGUACAUUUUCUUUUUAUUUCCUAAUUCAAUUAAAGAAUAGCAUGAAAAACAACAUAAAUAUCAAUAAGAAUUCAGGGAAAAGUCUCUAAAUAUGAGUAGUUUUAAUUAUGAAUCAACGUAAAGACAUAGUCAAUUAAUUUUAAGAUCACUUUCAGUCAACCAAAGGCAUAAUAUACAGUAUGUGUAAACGCAUUUUCCGUUGCUUGGUUAGACAGAGUUAUUCAGCUGAAUAGCGUGGCACUUGGCCUCAAUAUUACACGCCAUCUUUGAGGUGUCUCUUUGAACCAUUUUUGUAGAUGUUCUCCCUGGAAAUGUAUAUUUUUGAAUUGAAUAAAGGUUGUUAAAUAUCAA